AAUGAAUGAAAAUUCAACGUGGGGUUUUAGGAGGUUUUAAGCAGGGCAAGCCGGCAAUGAAGGAAAGUACUCUGCUUCUCCUCCAACUAACACCAAAAGAAACCUUGACCCGCCCUCUGACUCACCGAUUCAAACUCACCCAAAUCCCCCCGAAAAAGAAUGUCCUCUCAAAACCCAGACCCUAAACAAUCUCCUGAUCCCAAAACCAUCAACGACCCAGAACCCAAGCAACCCCCAAAUGAAGAAUCAGAAGCAGAAGCAGCAGCAGCAGGAGGAGGAGAAGAAGAAGAAGAAGAAGAAGGGGAGUGUGGGUUUUGCUUGUUUAUGAAAGCAGGAGGAUGUAAAGAUAGCUUUGUUGGGUGGGAAAACUGCAUCCGAGAAGCCGAAGAAAACAAACAAGACAUUGUGGAAAAAUGCUUUGAAGCAACCGCAGCUUUGAGGAAGUGUAUGGAGGCUCACGCCGAUUAUUACGAGCCGAUUUUAAGAGCCGAGAAGAAGGCCGAGGAACAGGCUAUUAUUGAACUGGAGAAAGAGAAGAAGGAGAUGGAUUUGGGUACUCAUGAAGAUUCCAAGGAUUUGCAGAAGAAAUCCGAUGGUUAGUGAAUUUUGGUCAUAGUGGAGUGUUUGACUGAA